UGUUCCUGUGUGAGUCUUCAUGUUUAGAUAACAGGAAUUCGGCAGUCUACCGGCUAUCCAAAAUGCCUUUCGACGUCAAGCGUCAACUUUUGUGAUGCGCACAAUGCGGCUUUUAACUUUCUGUGUCUGUACAUCUGGCUGAAAAGCGGAGAGGAAGCCAGAGUGGUCACAGACAACGGGACAUAAAAUAGUAUUUUAUAGGUCACGUAUUUUGGGAACAUGCCUGCGGCGCGCCACGUGCGUAAUGACGAGUAUGCCUCUAAAUGGAAGAAUUAAGGCGUCGAGGCUUUAAGAAGGGAGGGAGAGUAUGUUAGCGUAGUUAACCCUGAGGGGGGCUGUGUGUAGGAAUUGCUCAUUUCUCACACCAACACCGGCACAUCUGUGCGCAUCUAUGUCACCACCGGACGGGUUUCUAAGUCCAUGGAUAAAAAGGAACAGGAGGCAGUAGAAUGGUUGUUGUGGGAGCGAGUAACAAUAGCUUCGGCGGUGGCAACAUGAGGUCGUCGUUCAUAGAGGACAGGGUCGGCGGUGAAGUUCCCGGGGGCUCCACCAACAUGAUGAUCUCGGAGGCUCUUGCACCCCGGCUGCUGAUGAUUGCGCAGGGCGCCGCAGAGGCUGCAGCAGCAGCGGCAGCAGUGACUUCUCCGUCCACCUCCAGUCAGCCGGAGGUCAUGGAGAGUAACGGGACCCGGUGCGGCGAGCAAAUUUUGAGCUAUGGCCGGGUGGAGAAAGUCCUGAUCGGCGGGAUCCUUACCAUGCUCACGCUGUCCACCAUCUGUGGAAACUUAUUGGUGGUCAUCUCCGUGUGUUUCGUAAAGAAGCUCCGCCAGCCAUCCAACUAUCUGAUCGUUUCUCUGGCCAUGGCGGACCUGUCAGUUGCGCUGGCCGUGAUGCCGUUCGUCAGCAUCACGGACCUGAUUGGGGGUCAGUGGAUAUUUGGACAGUUCUUUUGUAACGUUUUUAUCGCCAUGGAUGUGAUGUGCUGCACCGCGUCCAUUAUGAGCUUGUGCGUUAUAAGCAUUGACAGGUAUCUGGGAAUCACUAAACCCUUGACAUAUCCUGUCCGACAAAACGGUUGCUGCAUGGCCAAAAUGAUCCUGUCAGUGUGGCUCCUCUCUGCCUCCAUCACCCUCCCUCCCCUGUUCGGAUGGGCGCAGAACGUCAAUGACGGCAGAGUCUGCCUUAUCAGCCAGGACUUCGGCUACACUGUCUACUCCACAGCUGUAGCUUUCUACAUCCCCAUGUCUGUGAUGUUGAUCAUGUACUAUAGGAUAUUCCGGGCAGCCAAACUCAGUGCCGCUAAGCACAACAUCACCGGCUUUCCAAGGGUCGGGGAGCGGGGUGCAGGGGCAGGUCCCCGAGGGGCAAGAGGAGGGCAUGAAGUUCACCAGUCCACAGUAUCGGAGGAAACAGGAAGUGUUGAAGGGACAGAGGCUGAGAUUGAGGAAGAGGAGAGCCUGGACUGUGUGGCAGCUGCACUGAAGCUGCAGCGUGAAGUGGAGGAGGAAUGCAGCACGCGCGUUUCACGCCUCCUCAAGACUGGCGAACACCACCAACGCCGGAAGAGGAAGAACCAGUCCAUCUUCAAGCGGGAGCAGAAGGCGGCUGCCACUUUGGGCAUCGUGGUGGGUGCUUUUACCUUCUGCUGGUUGCCGUUCUUCCUGGUGUCCACUGCCAGGCCGUUUGUCUGCGGCGUUGAGUGCAGCUGUGUUCCUCUCUGGCUUGAAAGAACUCUCUUGUGGCUGGGGUACGCCAACUCCCUCAUUAAUCCCUUCAUUUAUGCUUUUUUCAACCGGGAUCUGAGGACCACCUAUAGCAACCUCCUGCGGUGCCGCUACAGGAACAUCAAUCGGAAACUGUCUGCGGCUGGCAUGCACGAGGCUCUGAAGCUGGUGGAGAAGCCAGACACUGAUGUUUAUAAGAUGUAGGUCAUCAACAUAGCUGCAGUCUGAUGGAGAUGACCAUGAGGGAAAAUGCCCACCAGGGCUUAGUCUGUGGCACAAGGUCACCACACUGCCAGGCUUGUUAUUUCCCCAAAUUUGUAUGAUGAUUGCUAAGAUGAGAUGAGUUCUGUGAUCAAAUGGACGCACAGGAAGUUAAACAGAAGACAAUUAUUUUUUAUAGGGACUAUAAAUAAUUGAGGGAAAGUUAAACUCACUGAUGAUUUGCUGCUGUGGCAGUGCACUUACAACUACUGAACGUUUACUACACCCAUUGUGAGGUCCAACAAUUGUAACGGUAGUUGAUAACUUUGUACAUUUGAAUCUGACGGCCACCACGCUGAACGGUCUUGUGCACAUUGCUUUGUUACAAAAGUCGGUGCACACACUGGCUUUGUACUCACAUUUCCACAGCCUGUGUCUUGUAUUUCCACAGUAAGCCAAGGAAAACCUUUGCCUCUCAAACAAAAAUAGCGAAUUCCUCUUAAUGAGGCUAUUAACACCAGUGGUCUUAACCUUGGUCCCAGAUUGUCGAAGGGACACCUUUCACUGCUUCUAAAUGUUGAGUUUGCUUGAAUGGACAAUCUUAAUAACCAGCGGACGUGGAAAUACAACUUGAACUCAACUGACAUGUAAAAUGUGUACACAUUGUUUCUUAGAGGUCAAAGUAUCUCAUCUUUAUGACCUUUUGUACCUGGUAUGAGCUUUUUUGUGUGUGUCAAUAUCACAACGUGUUGAAUGUUUCAAAACAUGGUCACUUUUCCUAAACUGAAGUCAUGCCACAACAUUGUUUUGUAAUCAGGCUGCUCACAAAUUAACUAGCAAUUUUUUUUUUUUUUUAAGAUUUGAAAGACAUUAGUGCUGAAAGUAUGAAAGAAAGAUUCUAGAGAUACAGAUGUGUAAAGAAAAAGAUCACUUUGAACAUGCCUGUGCCUUCGCGUCAGUGUUUUUGUAAGGCUGCAGGAUAUGGGAGUCUCCUUUCAAACUAUGCACCUUAUGUUUAGGAUGUGACUAAUAGUGUUUGAUACUCCCAGAGGCAUUCUGAAGAGAUCAUGGCUCUGUUCUAGCCUUUGAUUUUGUAAAAAAAAAGAAGAGGGAGAUUUGAGAAAACUAAGAUGGUUUAAGCCCUAACCAUACAUAACAGCAUACUUUUCUCCAAAUUGAAGAAAAUGGAUUUAAUUUAUUUUCAGUUGUUUGUUGGUUUUCUCAAUGUAUGCCUGUGACUUAUUCAGACCCAAAGGUGAUGUUGUAACAUUAUUUCUGUUGUGUGAUGAACAAAUCCUUGCAUUUCAGAAGUGUGUGCUCUUUAGUUUAUGAAAUCCUUUAAAAAUUAGAAAAAUAAGUUUCAGUUCUAAGAAUACUUUUUUUUUUGGGAAGAAAAAAAAUCUUUAGUUGGGAAGGAUUUAGAAGUUUUAAUUUCAUAACCCAUUUCAAAAGUGUCUAGCUGAUGUUUAAUCUCAAAUCCCAAACAUGCACACACUUCAACAUCUGAAAAUAAUGGCAAGUCAAAAACUAGAGGAUAUUCACAACAUUACUGUGUUUGCCACUGGGAACUCACUACCACUUCCUAUAAUCUUGAAUGAUCUCAUUUGAUCUCAUGGGAAGCAGUUAAAACCAAAAAGGAAGCUGACAGGGUGGAAAGACCAACUUAACGCUUUGCAAUGAAAAACAGAAACAAGAGACGUCUGGAUGAGACAUUGGUCAGGUUGGUAAACUUUGCCAGGAUGUUCCAUUCCUAGGCAAAAACUAGGGAUGAGAUUGAUACUGUUUUUAAUAUAGUUCAACAUCACCAUGUAGCUUCAUUUAUAAAUCCCAACAUGCUUGAAAACUGUUUAGAAAGAUUAAGGAUGGGUCUGUAAACCCCUCACACUUUCAGAAAAUCAGGCCGCAUAUCAGUACUGACCAAGGUCCUGAACCACAUUUCUCAUCCUAUUGUUAGGAGGGUUGAAAAAAAACAAAUAAUGCCCUGAGUCUAGCUUCAGUUGUUCGUCAUUUAACAUGAAACACAAUCAAUGUAUGCUUCUGUGCUUUAUCAGCAGUGUUUAGGUAUUUAUUUUAGCACAUACGUAUCAACAUUUUAAAAUAUAAGGUGUCAAACUGUAUGGAACAAGUGUAGUAUCUCUUAAAUCUUCAUCUUCUGCUUCUUAUAUGAUCACAGACACUAAUAGAAAAGACAAAGGUAUCUAAAAAAUGUGCCCUCUAUUGAUCAAGGGUGAGGUUCAGGGUACAAAUGUGUUUUGAAUGUAAGAAGAACAGAAGGUGAUAGGUGAUGAAGGUGAGCCUAUUUUUAUUGAUGUUUUAAAGCUCCUCCCACAGAGAUAGGUCAAGUCAGCUCAGACUUUCAUUAUGGAAAAGCACAAGUUCAACUCCGGGGAAAUGCAUUGGAGCAGCAACAGAUUGCAUAUAAUGUUAAUGCAUAUUGGAAUUCCAAUCAAAUGAAUGGUGAGGCCCUAUCCUGUGGGAUGCCUGGAAUAAUCCCUGACCGUAUGUUAAGUCCUUUAAACAAAGCAGCUGGGGCAUGCUAACUCCUAUUUUAUUAUAUUAUUGGGUUUUCCAUUUGGACAGAAAUUAGAAGUGAAGACCUGUUAACUUGUAUUCCUCACAAAACACAGUAUUUUUUCUGUUCUUGAUACUUUGAGGAUAUUGAAUGAACGUCUUGUUACACUUCCUGUGUAAACACAGCCUGUGCAGCUCAAAUGUGUCCUCAUUAACUUAAGCUGAGAAGAAGCAACAGAGGGCAGUAAAAUCUCUGUUUACUGAAUUGGCACUGUAUUUGCUGUCUUUGGUCUUUUUCUGAUCAUUAAUUAAAGCAACUGUGUGCAAGAGUUUUUUUCAAACACAAAAGGACGCACAGCUUUGUAAUCACCAAGAGAUGCUGUACAUUCAGCCAAAAUAAAAUGCUGCGAUUGGCUUUGAUCAUUGGUGGGCAAUCUAACCCAAGAUGUGACGUCCAAACUGCCAAACAAAGUUCAUCCAGAGAGAAAAAUACAA